GCCGACAGCUAGAGGCUUCGAGGAUGGCGGCGCGCAAGGGUCGGCGGCGCACGUGUGAAACCGAGGAGCCCAUGGAGGCCGAGUCCCGCGACGCUGGGUCCGAGGGCCCGACCCAGGUCUAUCUGCCCGGCCGGGGGCCGCCGCUGCGCGAAGGAGAGGAGCUGGUCAUGGACGAGGAGGCCUACGUGCUGUACCACCGAGCGCAGACCGGCGCCCCCUGUCUCAGCUUUGACAUCGUCCGGGACCACCUGGGGGACAAUCGCUCCGAGCUUCCUCUGACACUUUACCUGUGUGCCGGGACCCAGGCGGAGAGCGCCCAGAGCAACAGAUUGAUGAUGCUUCGGAUGCACAAUCUGCACGGGACCAAGCCCCCACCCUCAGAGGGCAGCGAUGAAGAGGAGGAGGAAGAUGAAGAGGAUGAAGAAGAUCGGAAGCCUCAGCUGGAGCUGGCCAUGGUGCCCCACUACGGCGGCAUCAACCGAGUCCGGGUGUCUUGGCUGGGCGAGGAGCCGGUGGCUGGGGUGUGGUCAGAGAAGGGCCAGGUGGAGGUGUUCGCGCUGCGGCGGCUUCUGCAGGUGGUCGAUGACCCCCAGGCCCUGGCCGCCUUCCUCCGGGACGAGCAGGCUCGCGUGAAGCCUAUCUUCGCCUUCGCUGGCCAUAUGGGCGAGGGCUUUGCCCUGGACUGGUCCCCCCGUGUGCCCGGGCGCCUGCUGACUGGUGACUGUCAGAAGAACAUCCACCUCUGGACGCCCACGGACGGCGGCUCCUGGCAUGUAGACCAGCGGCCAUUCGUGGGCCACACACGCUCCGUGGAGGACUUGCAGUGGUCCCCAACCGAGGACACGGUAUUCGGCUCCUGCUCAGCUGACGCCUCCAUUCGCAUCUGGGACAUCCGGGCCGCCCCCAGCAAGGCCUGCAUGCUCACCACUGCCGCCGCCCACGAUGGGGACGUCAACGUCAUCAACUGGAGCCGCCGGGAGCCCUUCCUGCUCAGCGGCGGGGAUGACGGGGCCCUCAAGGUGUGGGACCUGCGGCAGUUCAAGUCUGGCUCCCCGGUGGCCACUUUCAAGCAGCACGUGGCCCCCGUGACCUCCGUCGAGUGGCACCCCCAGGACAGCGGGGUCUUCGCAGCCUCGGGUGCAGACAACCAGAUCACACAGUGGGACCUGGCCGUGGAGCGGGACCCCGAGGCGGGCGACGCGGAGACCGACCCCGGGCUGGCGGACCUCCCCCAGCAGCUGCUGUUUGUGCACCAGGGCGAGACCGACCUGAAGGAGCUGCACUGGCACCCGCAGUGCCCCGGGGUCCUGGUCAGCACCGCCCUGUCCGGCUUCACCGUCUUCCGCACCAUCAGCGUCUGAGCGCGGCCUGGGAGCUGACGGUGAGGGAAGGGACUCGUUCAGAUCUGCGGACCGGCCCUUCUCCAAACAAGGACUUUGCUCAGCCCAUUGGCACCAGGAUGGAUUCUGCUUGACUUGCUGUUCUUUAAAGGGCCUUGAUUUGGUCUGAGGACCCCUCCAGCCGCAGGACUUGGUUUGAUCCAUGGCGCUCUGAGACAGCGGUCGCCAGCCUUCCAGACCUCAACCUUGCGGAGCACCAGGAGCACCACUGGUUGGCGACCACUGCUCUCAAACCACUGGGUUUGGCUCCAGCGGCCCCACCCACCCAGAGACGUGGUUCAGCCCAGUGACUUGCCCCCACCCUUCAGGGAACGCUGUUGGCCCAUUUCGAAGGUGGGCCUGUGUGGCCCCAAUUACUAGGGAUAUUUUGUCAGCUGAGGCACUUGGCUUGACCCUUUGACCUCAGGGAACUCAAGUGCUUUGCAAUGACUGGACCGAGUUUGAGGGGUGGGUCCCCCCCGGAGGAUUAGGUUUUGCCAGGACUCCCCGGGGGGGCUGCAUGGGCUUUCUCCCCUCCUCUGUGCUGAAGGCAGGUACCGUGGAGGGAGGAAAGUCGGGGGUGGGGGGUCCUAAGAGCCAAUAAAGGAGGGAAUAGGCCUGA